AUGGCGGGCCGCUUGUUCAAGAAGGCUGAUCGGCCAAGCGUGGCCAUCCAGCGCGCUGCGCUCAUGCAGGGCAUGCACCUGUACUAUGUCAAGUACUAUGGCAAAGAGGAAGUGCCCGAGGCCAAGGGGGAGAAGGUGGUGGACUAUGCACUGCACCGCAUCCUCUCCGACCGCCGCGAGCGCAAGCGAGAGGGCAUCAAGUCUGCUCGUGUCGAGCUCAGCGUCUCCCUCACCGGUAUCAAGGUCACUGACAGGAGCACGGGCCACAUUUUCCUGGACAUUCCGCUGCAGAACGUGUCGUAUUGCCAGGAUGACCGGCGCGGGAACAACAACAUCUUCUGCUUCAUCGCCAAGGAGCACGCCAAGGCCCCAAAGUGCUGCUACGCCUUCAAGAGUGCGGGCCAGGCCGGCGAGAUUAUGAACACCAUCGGGCACUGUUUCUCGCAGGCGAGGCAGCAGUCACCCAUGUCUCCAUCGUCGUCGUCAUCGUCACCAGCGCGGCAGGCGAGCGUGAGCCGCGGUCCAACGGCCGCCCGCCCCGCAAACACCGCACAGUCAACAAAAGUGACGCGUCUUCGUGCGCAGCCGGCCCCGUCCUUUCGCAACCCGCCCCCAGCUGCUGCCACCAUGUCCGCCUCUUCCUCCUCGUCCUCAGCGGCGACGUCCGGCACGGCGACGCGGGAGCUGGAGCGAGAGAUGCGCGACAUGGAGAAGACCUUCGAGGACGACUUCAAGUUUGCGAUGGCGCGCGCGAGUGUGCGCACGAAGCCUGCGGACACGAAGGCAUUUGGUGCCCAGAGUCCAUCGCCGUCUGCGCAGCUGCCGGCAGUGCAUGCGGGGGCGUUCCAUGAGCAGACCAAGAUCAAGCCGUCCGCCUCGGGG